UUUAUUUCUUCACUGCACUAGAAUGUGUUGUUUACUAACUUUUCUCUUGUCUCUACCUGAAGCCACUUCUCCUUCUGCUGUUUCUUUGUUCCCAGCAGUUACUGGCCCAGAGUGGGACCCACAGCAGGUAGCCUGGACAGUGACUGAACUGUUCUGAAAAAAUCCAAGUACGAAUUGUCUGUCCAAUAACAUUCCUUCUUCCUGGGAAUAUGUGCUACGUGUGAAUCAAAAUCCAGGAACAUCUAACACCUAUGAGGACUGUAAAAUCCAUGGAAAAAAAUGAUACACACAUUUCUAAAUGUGCUCCAGGUCAAAAUCUCAACGUCAAAUGGUGAAGCUGAGUUACAAACCAUCCUUACACAAUUUCAAAAAGUUCCUGAUUAUGGUUACUUCAUAAGAGGUUCCUCUCUUCAAAUCUUCCCUUCUGAAAAAAAGAAAGCCAACUUUCCUUUUGAAUACACACCCCGCCCCGCCCCAGCACACACAGAAAUGGGGACUGUGAGCAGAAGCAACAUCGCUCGCCAUCUGCAAACCAAUCUCAUUCUAUUUUAUGUCGGUGUUGUGGGUGCCUGUACUGUCUCUGUCACACAGCCACAGUACCUAGAAGUGGACUACACUCACGAGGCUGUCACCAUAAAGUGUACCUUCUCCAUAACCGGAUGCCCUUCCGAGAGACCGACACACCUGUGGUUUCGCUAUGGCGCUCACCAGCCUGAGAACCUGUGCCUGGAUGGGUGCAAAAGCGAGGCAGACAAGUUCACAGUGAGGGAAGCACCCACAGAAAACCAAGUUUCUCUCACUGUAAACAGACUGACUUCAAAUGACAGUGCAAUUUAUAUCUGUGGAAUAGCAUUCCCCAGCGCGCUGGAAGCAAGAGCUAAGCAGACCGGAGGAGGAACCACACUGGUGGUAAGAGAAAUUAAGCUUAUCAGCAAGGAACUGUGGAGUGUCCUGACAGCUCUUAUAUCACUGCUCUCUCUCUAUGUGACUGGUGUAUGCGUGGCCUUCAUACUCCUCUCCAAAUCAAAAUCCAAUCCUCUAAGAAACAAAGAAACAAAAGAAGACUUACAAAAGAAGAAGAGUGUUCGGCGUAUUUUUCAGGAAAUUGCUCAAGAACUAUACCAUAAGAGACAUGUGGAAACAAACCAGCAACCUGAGAAAGAUAACAACACUUAUGAAAACAGAAGAGCACUUUCCAACUAUGAAAGACCAUAGAAAUGUUUUAGUUUUCAUUUAACUCACUGAAAAAUCCAACUGCAGGAGCUAUGGCAGUGUUAAUGAACAUACACCAUCAGGUAAACAGAAAAGACAACUGGCUACAAAGAAGGAUGCCGAAAUGUGAGGAAACUACAACUAACAGUCGUUAACAAAAUACUAAAACCCAACAAAAUGCAACUGAAAAAUACCUUCCAAAUUUGCCAAGAAAAAAAUUCUAUUUUAAA